AUGGCGGAGGGUCUUGCAUUGCACCCCCCAUCCUCACCGCGCCGAUCACUGCAGUCGGCACGAACGAAGGAAGAGAUCGCCACCGAUCGAUCCAGCUCGAGCGAGCGAUCACGUGCAGCACGGACAGCAGUGUGCUUGGCGGAGAUCGAGAUGACGGGGUUCGGAUCACCGUGCGGGGCGUGCAAGUUCCUGCGGCGCAAGUGCGUGCGCGGCUGCGUCUUCGCGCCCUACUUCUGCCAUGAGCAGGGCGCGGCGCACUUCGCCGCCAUCCACAAGGUGUUCGGCGCCAGCAACGUGUCCAAGCUGCUCGCGCACCUGCCGCUCGCCGAUCGCCCGGAGGCCGCCGUCACCAUCUCCUACGAGGCGCAGGCGAGGCUGCGCGACCCCAUCUACGGCUGUGUCGCCCACAUCUUCGCGCUCCAGCAGCAGGUGAUGACCUUGCAGGCGCAGCUGGCGUCGCUCAAGGCGCAGGCGGCGCAGGGGCAGCCGGGCGUGCACGAGGACGCCAAGGGCUACGUGGGCAGCGCCGCCGCGGAGCAGCUAGGGUACGGCUACCCCUGGUGCGUCUCUGGCGGCGCCGUGGGUGCGCCCGCCGCGCAGCCGGGCGCGUACGGCAAUGGCGGGCACGAGUCCCUGACCGCGCUGCUGGGGUCAGACUACAUGCAGCAGUCGCUGUACCACGAGUUCGAGCACGCCGGCGCGGACGACGACGACGGCCGGCAGGGGAACGCCUUCGAGGCAGCGGCGGAGUCCUCGUCGUUCGGGGCGGAGGAGAGCGGCGGCUGGAGGUCGUCGUCGGGGUACCAAGACUGCGAGGACCUGCAGAGCGUGGCUUACGCUUACCUGAACCAUCGCUCGUAA